AUGUUCGGACAAAUUUCUCUUGAUUCUCAACUUAUCUUUGUACUCUGUGGACUUUUUAACUUAUCAUUGUCUCAAGAUGUCUAUCAGAUUCCUCCGUCCUUUACGGCUCUUCCACCUCGUGAAAUUAUACAUACUCCAGGUCAACCUUUCAAAGUCCCGUGUGCAGCAUCUGGUCACCCACAACCGAGGUUAGAAUGGUAUCUCAACGGCGAACGUCUAGCUGUAAGUCGAUCAGGUAUAACAAGCACCUCCAAGUGGAGUUCCGAGGGACGAAACGCUAUAGUCGAUCGUAAGCAUGAUGGUCUGUGGGAUCUAAGUGAACUCUUCGUUCCCGGUCGAUUUUCGGCAGGCUGGCUCUACUGCGUGGCCAUCAACCCAAUUGGUCGUGCAAUUUCUUCUCCAGUGUGGAGUAAAUUGGCGCAAAUCGAUGAAUCGAAACCAUGCGAAACACGAACAAUUACACUAAGAGACCAGCCUUUUCUACGAUUGAAUUGCACAGUGCCCGAGAGUUCACCAUCUGCAACUGUUCGAUGGAUGUACCGCCAACCAAAUGGUUUUAUGGAAUUCAUUCACGAAAAUCGUACAUUCGCGAUGGAUGAUGAUGGUGAGCUUUGA